GCUGAAGUCAUCUGGUCCUAACCCCUCAUUUUACCAAUGAAGAAACUUGGGCUUCAAAGAUGUUUGAAUCGUCCAAGGUCACAGGACUUAAUCAUCUAUGUGGCAAGAAAUGUGAAAGGUAGUGUGGUGUCUUACUAUCACUUCUCAAGAACGGCUAGUCACCUACCUAGACCAGGCACCUUAGAGGAGUUCAUUGACAAAUUCAUGACUGGAAGAGUGCUCUGGGGUUCCUGGUAUGACCAUGUGAAAGGAUGGUGGGAUAAAAAGGACAAACACCCUUUUCUUUACCUGUUCUAUGAAGACAUGAAAGAGAACCCAAAGCGGGAAAUCCAAAAGAUAUUAAAAUUCCCGGAGAAGGAUGUAUCAGAGGAUAUUCUCAAUGAGAUCAUCUAUCACACCUCUUUUGAUAUCAUGAAGCAAAAUUCCAUGGCUAACUACACCAGCAUUCUUAGAGCCAUGAAGACCAACCACUCCAUUACCCCAUUCAUGAGGAAAGGAAUGCCAGGGGACUGGAACAAACAUUUUACUGUAGCCCAGAAUAAGAAAUUUGAUGAACACUACCAGAAGAAGAUGACAGGAACCACUUUGACCUUUUGCACUGAGAUCUGAGGUGCAAAAAGAUAGAAACUCACCUAAAAUCUUUCCUGGACGUUUUUUCCAUUAAAC